AUGAGUGCUCUUGAGAAUACGCUUCAAAUUGAGAUUAAGCUGGAAAAGGAGAAAACAAAUCAAGCACUGCUGAAGGAUCAUGUGGAGAAGUAUUCCGAGUUAACGCAAUCCAUGUCCAAGAUUCUGAACUCAUUCGAGCAACGGUUAGGAAAGCUGGAACAUACUAUACUGCCCGUUUACAAUAUUACAAAGAACUUGCAAAAACAGCAACAAAAUCUUGAUAGUACGUUGCAAUGCAUGGAACAAGUACUGUCCCACUACGACGCUUCGCAGGAUGUGUGCAACCUAAUCCACCAGGGACCGUCCGAAGGCAACAUAGGAUCAUUUCUGGAUGGGUUGAACAAGCUGAAGAAGGCAAAAGAUUACUUUCUUAACAACAACCCACAAAGCGUUGAGCUGGAGAACGUCACGAGCCUGUUUAACAAUGGAUGCGAAACGCUCAAUAAUCAUUUCAAAUCGUUGCUUAAAAAGCAUAACUCUCCACUAAAACCGGUCGAUCUGCUAGAUAUGAUCUACAUCGAGGAAGAUUCUUCCAAUGAAGAUUGCCCGUCGAUCAAACAGCUUCCACCCAGCGCACGGGAGGAACUGAACGUGAUUGCACAAUGGUUGGACAACAAUUUGCGGCGCGAGUACGUGCAAAUAUUUGGCGACGAACGAUCGGAAGUGAUCAUGAGAUCGUUGCAAAAUUUGAAAGAUCAUCAGAAGAGUGGCAGCUGGGGAAAUGAACCGUUGCGUACAAGACAUGGCUAUGGACGGGCGGAAACGGGAGUUAAGAAAACAACGUCUGCUCGUUUGCAACAAAUUUUCGAACGGAAAGCUAACAAGAUGUUCAUGAAAGCUUCCCAAACCCUUGGCCAGUCGGCAGGAUUGGCGAUGAGAAAGAAUUCUUCUUUCGGUGAUAUCUUGGCGGCAGAAGAGUACGGCAAUGAUAACGAUCAGGAGCUUGAAAAGUAUUUAGUGCUACUGCUUGGACUUCAAAAGCUUUUAGUAUGGGAACGACAGCUUUUGAACGAUAUUGUGCCUCCGUCGCGACACAACGAGGUAUUCUCACGGCUGUCCCAACCCUCAAUCGAGAUGGUGGUAAAGGAUGCUGAACAAAUAACUUCGAAAGUGAUGCGAAGUAUUGGCCGCAAGGAAUGGUCCGCCGCACUGGGUAUAUUUUCUGCCCUGAAGCACGUUCAAAUUUUGCAACCAGACAUUGAUCGUAUCUGUGACGCUACGCAGAAGCAGCAACUAUCGGGCGUACUGAACCGUCUGCAGCAAACGGCUUCGAAGGGUUUGGAACAGUUUAUCGAAUCUGUUCGUAACGAUGCAGGGGGCGGAGGGAUGGUCAGCAUGACAUCAAGUACGAUAAGCUACGGUGGUGGAUCGAACGUUCCACGCGAUGCAACGGUGUACGAACUGACUUCGAACACGAUCUGGUUCUUGGAGCAGCUGCAGGAGCAUUGUGACACUAUUGGCGGACUGUUGCAAACAGAGUCAAUAUACACGAACGAUCUCGAUCGCAUUGCAUCGCAGAAGGCACUAUCGAUUGAACAGAAAAAUAAGGCUCUGUUGGGGAUUUAUGUCCGGAAAGUACUAGCAGAAUUGAAUUACACUAUUGCAACCAAAUCAGAACAGUAUGGUGAUACGGCCACGAAGCAGCUGUUCAAGCUGAACAAUACGCAUUACAUAUUGAAAUCGUUGCAACGAUCCAGCCUGAUCGAAAUUGUCGCACUGACCGAGCACGACUGUGAGCGUCGGUAUCAAAAAAUGAUCCAAGAUCUGAAGAAAGCAUAUCUGGGCUCGUGGUCAAAGCUGCUUUCCUUUAUUCACCCGCUGGACGAUAUGCCACGACCGAUCAAUGGUAAAGUGAAGGACAAGGAACGAGCCACUAUUAAGGAUCGGUUCUCAAACUUCAACAAGGAGUUAGAUGAUGCGGUGAAAACACAGCGCGCCAUCUCUGUGCCAGAUGUGCUCCUGCGAGAAGGGAUCAAACGUGACAAUAGCGAACACAUCGUUCCAAAGUAUAAUACUUUCUUUGAGGUGUACUCUGAUGUACAGUUUAGUAAGAACAUCGACAAGUACGUUAAAUAUCGUCCAUCGGAUGUCGCAACAAUGUUGAACAGCUUUUUCGACGAUACAGUUUAA